UUACAAUGAUGAUGAUCUUAUUCUUGUUAAGUCUUGUAGCUGGUACUGAGUAUGGUGCCGAUGUAGUUUGGAGAGUCACUAAGCACAAGAUAAUAACUGGCUGUCGAAAUAUAAAUUACACAAUAAUUAUACAGAAUCCUUGCUUACAAAUAAAACCACCAGUUCACGUGGAAAUAAGAACCACAAAUUAUCCAUGUGAUAUGAAACAUGGUCCUGGACUAGUAAACAAAUUCACUUGUCUUGAACGUGUCAGACAAGCGGCACCGCAUUGUGAAAAGCAUUUGAAGCCGUAUUGUGAUCGUCUACCCUACAAUAAAGAAGAUGUAUUCGAAUUAGCACGGAAACACUGUGAAAAUUAUGUUGACCUACACAUGACACGUUCCAUUUUUGGAUCUAAUGCAGUCCAGGUGAAAAAAGAAAAAUGUGAACUUACCACAACUCUUUUAAUUGGAUCCUUAGCCGUUAUUGGAUUUGGAAAAAUUAAGGACUGGAUUUAUAAAUCAAAAGACGAUAAUCUAUUAUCUCAGUCAACAAAUCUCACUCUCGAAGUUCUUAACAUACAUCAAGAAAGUUUAAAAAAAAUUGCAGACCAAGUUCAAUCCACUCGCGCUCGUUUAGAUGAUCUGGAAGAGAUGAUCCCUGUUACUGCUCUACAAUCAGCUACAGUUGUUUAUCAAACACAGAGAAUAAAUGAGAUACUAAGAGAAACUCGAGUAGAAAUGGAAAAAGGAAAUAAAAUACCAGAGAGUUUGAUCAAAUUUUUCCAAGUCGAAUUACCUUGUGGAGAUAAUUGUCCGUUAAACACAAUGGAAAAUUGUCAGGUCAGCUUCAAACAGGUUAAUAAAACCUUUCUCCUUGAGCUUCUAUUCCGAGUUGAUAUCUAUGCGAACCAUCUAUUGAUCCAUAAAGCCGAUCCAUUCACACUGGUUGAAGAGAAGAAUGGAACCGAAAUCUGUGUCAAAAAUUAUGUUGGUCCAAAGUUCAUCCUAACCAAUGAAACAUCACAACCCCCAGAAAUAUGUGAAGUUGAUCAAGAAGACUUCGAGUCCAAGAAAUUGAACUUCAAUACUGGCCAAUUCUGUCGUAAGGUCCCUGAGACGGGACUAUGGAAACUUUCUGAUUGCAUGGAAAUUUCACCAAAUAACUAUAAAUUAAGAAAACCACAAACUAAAGUGGUAAAUGAAGAUUUUUAUGUUUAUUGUCGCGGUCACAAUCUCACGAUAUUGAAUAUAACAAGACCAUGUCCGAACCAGGUUCUGAAAAUUUCGAGAUCGAUGUUCUUUCGAAUUGGUGACACUUCCUACACCCCCACAGAAUUAACUCUAAUCGAUGAAAAGGAUGUGACCUCUUGGUCAACCUCAAUCAAUUGGCAAUUAUCUCCUUAUGAUUAUGAACAUAUAAACUUGGAACCAGAAAAAUUAGAAAUGCUAGAAAAAGCCGUUAGAAAAGUUCAAGAACAAAGUAAUGAACCUUGGUUCAUUUCCUUGAAGAGAGAACUUUUCAACCUUUUCCUCGGAUUAAUCGCCUUUUCAAUUCUCAUCAUGUUGUUUCUCAAGAUCAUCAAGAUGAUCCUCAGUCAAAAUCCAACUGUUUAUUCAAUGUCAACUGAACCAGUUACUCUGAAAAAUGAUGAAGGAAAAGUCAAGAAAGAAAAACAAAAUUCUGAAACGGAUUAUGUUCCACUCAACCAAUUAUUCUAAC